AUGAAGUUUUCAAAUAUUUUUGUUGCCGCUUCUUUUGCUGUUUCAGCUAACGCUGCUGCCAUUGCUCCUUCCUUUCUGUCUUCAACACUUCAUGUUUCCAAGAAUGAAGCUAGGUUCGCCGGUACUUUUCCUCCAGUCGAGAAUCCAGUACUCCAACAACAAAGCUCAAAGAGAGAUUUGCUUGGCAAUUUGGAAAAGAUCCCCGUGCAAUUGUUGACUGAAGCUAUUGACCUCGUUGCCAAAGGUGCAAUCACCGGCUUUGAUGAUUUGUUGAGCUACUUGGGAAUCAACGCUACAACUGCUAACAAACUUGGCUUAUCUGUUACCGAGUCUGCAUUUGAAUUGAUUGGUCUGUUGGGCGAGCUUAUUGCUACUGAAAUUGAAAAGGAUUUGGGUGAAAAGUCAAAGAGAAGUCUCGCUAGUGAAUUGGAAGGCAUUUCAGUUAAGCUCUUGACCAAAGCCAUCACUGCUUUAACCAAGGGCCUCAUCACCAAGGGUGUUGCUGGUUUUGAGCAUCUUUUGGAAAUCUUGGGAAUCAGCGAAGCCACUGCUAACAAGAUUGGUUUAAAAGUGACCCAAGACGUUCCAGAAUGGAUCAAGCUCUUGGCUAAAUUCAUUGUUGAAAAAGCUGCUGCUCAUAUUUUCAAAAGAGAUGGUGUCGCUGCCGCCGCCGCCGUCGCCGGUGUUCCCGUUCCCCAGGUGAUUAUUCCUAUUGAGUUUCUCAACAAUGCCAUUCAAGCUUUGUUGAAAGGUACAGUUGACGGAAGUGCCCAAGGUUUCAUUAACUUGUUGAACAUCUUGCACAUCAAUGCCACUGCUGCUGCUGAAUUAGGCUUGACCGAGGGCCAAUCCACCGUUGACUUGGUUAUUGAGUUGGGCCAUCUCAUCAGUGUCGAAGCCGCUGCUGGUGUCCACUACUUUGACAAAAGAGAUUUUCUUGGAGACAUUGAGCAGAUCCCAAUCCACUUGUUGACCGAAGCCAUCGAUGACAUCGUCAGCGGUGUCAUUAAGCCAACGGUUGAAGGUUACGAUGAGUUGUUGGGGUUGCUUGGUAUCAACGCCACCAUUGCAAAUGAACUUGGCAUAAUUUUGGGUGAAGAUGCCUACGACUUAGUUGCCCUGUUGGGUAAAAUCAUUGAAGAUGAAGUUGAGAAGGAAUGGAAGAACUUGACUUCCAAGAGAGACCUCGUCAGUGACUUGGUCCACAUUCCAAUCACCUUGUUGAACCAAGCUAUUGAAGGUUUGCUCAAUGGUACCAUCACCACAGCCGAUGAAUUGAUUUCAUUCUUGGACCUCUCUGUUGCUACCGCCGGCGAGUUGGGUAUAGUUGGAGGAGAGACUGUUUUGCAAUUGGUUGCUCAAAUUGCCAAGCUCAUUGCAACUGAAAUUGAACACGGUUUGGGUUCUCUUAAAAAGAGAGACCUCGUCAGUGACUUGGUCCACAUUCCAAUCACCUUGUUGAACCAAGCUAUUGAAGGUUUGCUCAAUGGUACCAUCACCACAGCCGAUGAAUUGAUUUCAUUCUUGGACCUCUCUGUUGCUACCGCCGGCGAGUUGGGUAUAGUUGGAGGAGAAACUGUUUUGCAAUUGGUUGCUCAAAUUGCCAAGCUCAUUGCAACUGAAAUUGAACACGGUUUAGGUUCUCUUAAAAAGAGAGACCUCGCUAGUGACUUGGAACUGGUUUCCAUCACGUUGUUGACCAACGCAAUUGAAGCUUUGACCAAGGGUCUUAUCACCUCGGGAGUCAAAGGAUUCGAAACCUUGUUGGGAAUUUUGGGCAUUAGUGCUGCUACUGCCAACAGACUCGGCUUGGAAGCUACUCAAACUGUUGCACAAUGGAUCAAGCAAUUGGCCCAACUUAUCAUUGAGAAAACCGCUCAAGCUCUUUUCUAA